CUCCUCCUGCUCAAAGAAGAUGGCACUGAGGCUCCCUUUCCCACCCUAUAACCCUUCUUGUUUCUCCUCCUCUCUGCGUUUUGGCGCUCGCAAAACAAAAUAUUCAAAGAUCCUCAUGACCCUCUCCCCACCUUCUAAGCGUAGGGAGAUAAACGAUGACAUGGCGAAGCAGAUGAGAACCCUUAAAGUAGAGAUCAAGGAGGUCACUCACUCCAUGCAUCCAGAAAAGCUGGAGAUCUUCAAGUCAUUAGAGGAAUGGGUGGAAGACAACAUCUUGACACUCCUGAAGCCCGUCGAGAGCUCGUGGCAACCGCAGGAUUUCUUGCCGGAUCCCUCAGCCGAAGGCUUCUUCGACGGUGUGAAGGAGAUGAGGGACCGGGCAGCGGGGAUCCCGGAUGACUACUACGUGUGCUUAGUCGGCAACAUGAUCACCGAAGAGGCCCUGCCAACGUAUCAAAGCGUCAUCAACACAUUCGACGGCGUUCGAGACGAGACGGCGUCCAGCCUGAGCUCGUGGGCCAGGUGGACGAGGAAGUGGUCGGCCGAGGAGAACCGUCAUGGAGAUAUCCUUAACAAGUAUCUCUACUUGAGUGGGAGACUGGAUAUGAGGCAGAUAGAGAAGACCAUACAGUACCUGAUUGGCUCCGGGAUGAUUUUGCCUGCGGAGAACGACCCAUAUCGGGGUUUUAUCUACACUUCCUUCCAAGAAAGGGCAACCUUCAUCUCUCAUGGGAACACAGCAAAGCAUGCCAAAGACCAUGGUGACAUACUGCUGGCGAAAAUAUGCGGCCUGAUCGCCGCAGACGAGAAGCGUCACGAGGCGGCAUACACCAAGAUCAUCGAAAAAUUAUUCGAGAUCGAUCCAGACACGACCAUGUUGGCCCUCGGCGAUAUGAUGAAAAAGAGAAUCACCAUGCCUGCUCUUCUGAUGUUUGAUGGCCAGGAUGACAACCUGUUCGACCACUACUCCUCUGUAGCCCAGAGGAUUGGUGUUUACACAACCAAGGAUUAUGGAGACAUAGUGGAAUUCUUUGUGAAGAGAUGGAAUGUGGAGGAACUCACAGGCUUGUCGGGAGAGGGGAGAAGGGCGCAGGAUUACGUGUGCGGCCUUGCUCAGAGGAUUAGGAGGAUGGACGAGAGAGCUCAGGAGAGGAAAGUCAAGCAAUCCCACAUGGUUCCUUUUAGCUGGAUCUUCAACAGGUCUGUUCUGGUGUAGAUUGAGCAGUGCUCUUGAGGGCUCAUCUUUCUUUCUUGCAUGCUUCUUGUAAUAGUACGUAGUUGUGUGGCAUGCCCCUGCGUAUGACUGUAUCUUAGUUAAGGGCAAUAAAAAUUUCUUCUCUCUCUCA